AUGCUGGGGGCGCUGCCGUACGUGGGCCUCACGCUGGCCUCGCCCUUCGCCGGCCGCGUCUUCGCGCAGUGGUCUUCGAAGCGGGUGGUUGGGGUGUCUGUGCUGCUGAACGCGUUGGCCACUUUGCUGCUGGUGCUGACGGCGCUGCUGCAGCGGGAGCCCAGCAGCAGCAGCAGCAGCAGCAGCGGCAGCGGCGGCGGGGUGCUGGGCGCGGCUGCUGCGGGCGCGGCGGAGCUGGCGGGGGCCGCGGGCGGCGCGGACGGCGGGGCGGCGGCGGACGCAGCAGCAGCAGCAGCAGCAGCAGCAGCAGCAGCAGCAGGAGGCGCAGCAGGCUCGUUUUUUCGGCUGGCGGACUUCUCUUUCGGAGACCUAACUGCUUCCGCGCUGCUGCUGCUCGCCAGCCGCCUCCUUGUCGGCCUAACUCAAUCUUUUUUUGUCAUUUAUGCUCCCGUUUGGGUCGACGAAUUCGCCCCCCCCAAAAAGGCCACUCUCUGGAUGGGGCUCAUCCAGGGCGCCGCGGUCGUCGGGGUCACUGUGGGCUAUCUGACUGCGGGAAUUCUCUCUGUCUAUUUGGGCUUCAGCUGGAGAGCAGCAAUUUGUGUUCAAGUUUCAUUUCUUUUUCUUUUAGCAGCUUUAGUUUUUGCUUUUCCUAAACACUACGUCGACACUCCCUGGGGCCCCGGGGCCCUGGGGGCCCCUGCAUGCGCCGCGGAGGCCAAAGUUGCUGCAGCAAAGGAGCCAGAGGCGACGGACUGCGGGGCGCUGCAGCAGCAGCAGCAGCAGCGGCAGCAGCUGCGGGAUGCGCCUCUGGCGGCGGACUUCGGGGUGGAGCUGGGAGUUAUGGGCAGCCCCGGGAGCCGCUGCAGCGCGCCUCUGCAAGGCCUGCAGCCGCCGCAGCAGCAGCUGCAGCAGCAGCUGCAGCAGCAGCAGCAGCAGCUGCAUGCAGAGGAAGACAAGGACUCUCCGCUGGCGAACUCCCCAGCAGCAGCAACUCACAGAAGAAGAUCAGCAGAACCCUUAACCCCCACAACUUACAGCCCCGUCACAGGCGAGGGGGGCCCCCCUGAGGGGCCCCCCUCUGGUGGCAGCAGCGCAGCACAAAUGAGCCAGAAGCGAGCUGCGCUGCAUCUUUUGAUGUAA